CCGAGCGUUUCAUCUUUGCGAUUGACCUGCUCCAGUAGCCAAUAGUAGCAUCCUGCUGAUCACUAGAACCAUGGGAAGGAAUUCGCUUUCGACAUAUAGAGCCUGGUCGCUCUGGCAAGGUCGCAAUCCCUCCGAUCUUCAUCAGAGAUUCCGCCCGCCUUCCCUCAACGCCUGUUCCCUCGAAUCGACAUUAUCACCAUACAACUCGCUCUACACCCUCGGUGACUCAGCUUCCAAUAUCUACACAUAAACAAUCUGAGCGAUACCUACACUAUGUCUGCCGAGCCAUUCCCACCUACUCGACGAUCGAAACCAUCCGCCUGCGUCUUUAUCGGGCUCAAUGUGCUCAGGGCGGUCAGCAUCAUCGCCAUGGUUUUGCUGUUCGCUAGCCAGGUCUACGGUUGCACAAAAGAUGUCAAGGCUGUCAAAAACGCCGGCGUAACGGACGACGAGUACGAGUGUGAUUACAUCGAGUUUUCCUCCGUACCGGAUCAAGCUGGAGGCCUAUUCUGGGCGCUACUAUGCAGAAUCUUCACUCUUCUCAUCAUCUUGAUCCUCCUUCCGACCGAACUACACAUCCCAACUAAACGUCUUCAGCAGUUGUACGCCGACAACCUUCCCAUCAUCUCUCCGCUUCACGGACUCGGGAUGCUAGGUGUCGUUCAAUGCUGGAUUGCAGCCGUCGUGUUGGGCAAGUACGUUGGGAGGUUCGAGCAGGUGACCGGAUGGAUCGGGUUCAUCGUGGGAUGUCUGAAUUGUCUAGCGGGCAUCAUCUGGAGAGCCUCGGCAAAGGAGAAGCGCAAGAUCUUCUCGUGGGAGAACGCUGCACAGCUCACACCGCAAACCAAAGCAGCCCAUGCCGCCUAUCGGACCUGCAGCGACAAGUACGAAAAGUUCAACCCUAUCAUCAACGCCGUCGGGGAUUUCGUAUUGGAGAAACAUGCUGCGCACAAGGCUCAAUCUCAGGUUCCACGGGAAGGUGCCCGAUCCAACGACAGUUCCGAGGUAUCUUCGAGGCGCUCGGAAGACGACAAGAACGCCAGUUAUACGGAACCUGAACUCGAACGUCCGGAGGCUAAGACGGACAAGGUCGUACCGGGCUUCAACUUUGGCGGAUUCGGCUUCGGAAAGCAAAAGGAAAAGGGCGGAAUGAAUCUGACGAUCAGUACACCGCAGGAAUCGUUGCCUCGCUAUGCGUCGGCAGAAACGCUGCGCCGACCCCGAUCCGACGUCUAGUCGCCACCUGCGCCUACUCACCUUCUCCGGAGUGACUGAUACAUUCGCAUCUUCCUCACAUCCAUUCGCACAUACAUGAUGGAACCCACGCUUCUGCAAACUGGGCUUCCAGCAACUUGUAUUCUCUAUCAUUGACCACGCGUUCAUUAUACCCUCAUCGUAUUACAUCGAUCCCAUUC